AUGGACUUUAGUAAGGCCUUCGAUUCAGUUAAGCACGAUCUACUUGCAAGUAAAUUAAAAGCUUUCCCACUUAACCCGUAUAUUAUUAACUGGUACCUCAGUUUCUUGAAGGACAGAAAACAAAGAAUAUGCUACAAUGGAUAUGAGGGUGAAUGGAAAUGUGUCAAUAGAGGCACCACUCAAGGGAGUGUCAGUGGGCCACAUCUUUUUAACAUUUUCCUGAAUGAUUUAAACUUAGAAUUGGACGGUCUUGAUAUAUUGUUCAAGUAUGCGGAUGACUCCAAUAUUGUGGCUACAGUUUGGAAAGAGCGAGAUU